AUGCCUGCCGUCAACGCAGUGGAGCCCACCAGAAGCAACCAAGACUUUAUCGAUAUGGAGAGGGACAUCGCUCUUCUCCGAAGGCAAGUGGAUGAGGCCAAAAGGGAAGCUAGUCCGGCUAGAAAGGGAGAGAAUGAGGCCAGAAAGCAGAUCAAGGAUUUGAAAACGAAGUUGGCCAACGAGACAAGGGCAACGAACACCUACUGGUCCUGUUUGAAAAGGUCGCGGCGGGACAUGGGAUAA